GGAUAGGAUGCGAUAAAAGGCGGUGAGUUGUGCGUCCUGCAUGUGCAAAAAGUUUAGUGGGCGGAGAAAAUUCGGCGGGUUCAUAAUUGCCUAAAAGGUUAGGGGCCCUGGAUGCUGAUUUCGGCAAGAUAUCCGACAUUCGCCUUCAGUUGCCUGGAAUUUGCUGGCCUCGAGGCCUUCCAAAAUUCCCUGGUCAUGUCCGAAAAUUUAUCUCCAAAUUCGGAUUCCUGGCGACCACACUUUUGCCAAGCAUUUUGUCUGACAAGCUACUGUUUUUCGAUUGGACGCUCGGCGAGCGGUGUUUUUGAAGGAGAAGUUCCGUACCAUCUCGCCAUGGCCCAGGUUCUUGACAAAGCAUUGCCUGUGGGCUUGGCUGCUUGACCUCUGUACCGGGAGAGGGCUCCUGUUCUUGUCAUGAGUGAGGAUGAGUUUCUGCCUCUCAAGGUCUGCUUGUGGUAGCCGAGCAGGUCGAUGAGGGUGCCGAGUCCCGGCUGCCUGUGGAAACGAUGAGUUGAGUUUCAUUCAUGCACGCAGAAUCUUAGGUUUUCAUUGGGAAGGGGAGGUAUCCACGAAACGGUGAGCAAGUUAGAAGAAACAGCCAGGACAUGCGGGGAGUUCGAAAGCAGCAUAUGCAUUGUCGAUCGUUGGUAGGAUGCACUGUACGGACACAUCAGCUUGAAAGCCCGAACACUGGCUGCGAGUCAUCCUGUCAGCAGAUAUGCCUGCAGGAAACGGGAUAAUCGAAACGACUUCCUGCAUUGGUCAGACUGAACAUGAAUUCCUCAGCUUGUAGGAUCGAGCUUUUUCGGGGAAGAGGCGCGAAAUGUCGGCUCAUGGAAGGAUUUGAGCCUCUGAAAUGGGAGGAUCAUGAGAUCGUUGUCCAAAAUCCGCCGGGCAGGGAAUGUCUCGCAAGACCGGGCGGCAUGCAAGAGCUAAGACUUGUUACAGCGGCCUUGUCCACCAUACCGAGCAUGCGAGCAUGCCUAUCAUCUCCAAGCGCCGAGACAGUGGGGAAGUUCGGUGGUCCUUUUGAACGACCACGUCCACAAUGACAACGUCAAUGCAGCUCAACGAAGUUCGGAAAGAGCUUGGUGCACCAGGCGGAGGAUGUGCAGUCUGUUUUGUAAGACUAGGUGUGCUCUCUUCAAGUCCCCCAAAUCAAAAGGGAGAUACUGUACAUUCAUCAGCAGCCAUGGCAUUGAAGAGAGAAGGUAGUGUAGAAUGGCACCCAAAUGGUAAGCUCAGAAAAUGACCCGGAUAAACAUCGGCUGUCGUCUCCAUCUGCAGGCCACCAUCAUCUCACCUUUCCUACCUAGGUAUCUUUCCCAUCGAGGCAUCUUUACGACUACUGACUUCUGCCUCUGAAGCGGUCGGACUACCGCCUGCUAGAAUCUGAUGCGGCCGUGUGCCGGCCGGGUUUUGUCCUAUGUCCCUGAUGGCUCGUACAUUAUGAGGGUGCUCUCUGCUGUACAAGAGUAUCAUACUGCACUAUUAUCGACUCUCUCGUGACCCUACUGAUUAAGAUGGCCUUCACACGCUCGUAUAAGGAAUCGGACAAGGAUGCAAUGGUCCAUAUUUUCCGAGAGACUGCAGCACCGGACCUACGAGAAGCUGGCGACCCUGUCCUCGAUUAUGGCUCCUACCUCUGGUGUCGUCCUUACUUCAUGUUAGAACCUCAGACUUGCUACGUCUUAGAUGAUGGCACUGGCCAGGCAGUAGGCUAUCUCCUUGGGGUUCCGCAUACGCCAACAUUUGUGCAAAAAUAUAGGGAGACUUUCACUCCAUACAUCAAGUCACGAGGCAUGGAGAAACCCGGGCCAAACGAGCCGGUCGGCUGGAAUGAAAAUCUACCAAACGCAUUGAGGCAUAUCAUGUACAAUCCACAAGGAAUGCUGCACGAAGAAUGGCCUCAGCUGAUGGAGUCAUGGCCUGCGCAUCUGCACAUUGACAUCCUACCAGAGUUCCAAAGAAAGGGGUAUGGCCGACAACUGAUUGACUUAUUCUGCGAUGUUGCUCGGAAGCAAGGCGCAAAAGGUGUUCAUCUGGGGAUGGCAGCAGCGAAUGACGGAGCCGGAAAGUUCUAUGCCCGCCUAGGGUUCACCCGAUUCCCUGUUGUUCUUGAUGAUGGAGUCAGUGGUGAGCAAGGCAGAACUCAGAACACCAUCUGGCUAGUAAAAUCGCUUUAAACAUCUGCCGGCAUGUCACUUGUUGUGGGCGCUCUUGAUCGAAAGCUGACGUCUAUUCACUGUUUACAAAAGAUAACAACGCAGGUCGAGCGCUUUGGUGGCGUGUGAGGCUUGUCACAUUCCGUUGUGGUGCCUGGCGAUUGUAGAGAUCUUGUGUCUCUUUCUGAAGUCUUUCCUCGCCUGGGAUCUGGAGAGGCAAGUAUAAGAACCAAUAUCAGCAGUAGGUGGACAGCAACAGUUAUUGGCCAUCAGACACCGGACAUGAGAUAGCGAACACGAGAGGCUGUGCAAGGGUCCCGAAUGGUCAGCCAAUGUUAGGCAGGGCGCAGGAAGGACACCUCAAGCAACCUAUUUAUUCCUCAGACAACACGCCUACAAGAGAGACAACAGCGAGCAGCAAGAUACAAACUCUUGACACACCUUGAGCACUUAACUGUAUUGUUUUGUCUCCUUUCAAUAUUCUGUUAGGCGACUUACCGGCUGAUUCCUAAGUGAGGUUGCCCACGACCCUCGGCGGUCAGGCUUUGUCGCUUGAUAAGCCUCUGCUGGUAAAGGUGUUUGCGAUGUCCUCUGAUCACUGGCCGAUGAUCGCCGGGGUGGGCGCUGGCGUCGCCGCCGCCGCUGCAGUGGGCCAGAUGGUUGUAGCCGCAGUGGCACUAGGCCAGCAGGACGCUGGUCAGGAACAUACAGGCAAGGAAAUUGCUGCCAUCAAGCAAGACCUAAAGCGGACGCAGGAGAUGCUUCGUAGACAUGGGCUUGAUACCCACAACGUCCCUUCCUCCAGCAAAGAACAGCGGGCAGAGACCAGGCAAAUCCCAUCCAAACAGUGAGCGACUUGAAGAAAAUGGAAAGGCGCUGCAAGAAAUAGUGAACAAAUUGGUCAGGCAGAGGGUCAUCUGUGACAACAUAUGCCGGGAGAGCAUGGAACAUCCACGUAACAUCCACGUCGCCAACACGGAAGAAGAGUGGACAAUCGCAGGAAAAGAGUUGGUUCAUCCGAUCGGUGGAACAACGUGGAAAGGACUUUAUGGGGAUGAGGUGAAUAGUACAAAGUAGAAUAACUGGUAUUUAGCGCCCUCGUGGCCCUCGCUUUCGUGAAGGGUUUUGGUAUGGACUCUUGCUUUAUCC